AUGACGCAUGAGUCGCGAUCAGUGCCAUCAGAAGGGCGUCCUCGCGCAGCUUCUGAUACGUAUACAACAAUACCUACCCGUUCUAUACGUCAGAAUAAUACCAGCCUACGAAGGGCAUCGGAUGCCACAAAUACUACUCGUCCACUUCGUAUAGCCAAACAGCAACGCGCUUCAUCUGUCCAUCCCGACCCGGCCAGUCCACACUAUCACAGAAAUUCGAAUAAUAAUGCACCUAACUUCGACCGUGCUGCUAGCUGGCAACAAGCCCUUGAUGCUCUAAAUGGGAAGCGUGACUCGAGACCUGCUACCCCAGAGCGUGUGUAUGAUUCUCCAGCAGUGCAGCACCGCACGACUCUCAGUGAUCCACACUAUUCAUCACCAGCAUCUGUUCGGGACUCUCAACAAUAUCUGAAGCCUCCACCCCAGCUAAUAUAUCCGAAUACGCAUCCCUCGUCACCAGCUCAAACCUACUACCUUCCGACGUAUAAUCAGUUUGGCCGCAUGCAAGUACCGCAGCAGGAGCCCCAAAAGUCUUUUCCAACCCGUGCGUUCGAGUUCUUCAAGAGCAUUGCAAAAGAACCUCCACUGCUGUCGCCACCUCCAUCUCCGCCAGUCAGUCGCCGAACAUCAUUUGUGGGAGGCACUAGAACUCAAAAUGAUGAGAAAUCUUCGCAAUAUCGACAGUCUGAGAGCGAGUACAGUCAUGACGUGUUUGUUCGCGCGAUGGAUAUCAACGGCGAAUCGGACGCACGGAACACUUUAGUGACAGAUGCAGAUGUCCAGCUAUACUCGGAGCCACCUCAAGGAGCACAAAAGCCGUUCUUUCUUAGGAAUUUAAAGCAGGGUGCGAUGGGAGAAGCAUACGGAGAGACACAUCUGUCCUAUAGGGAACGAAGAAAGAAACGGAAGCAUCAGAUUGUUCACAAUCGAGACACUGAGGAUGCACAGCAGCGGUUUAUAAUUACUUUUGCACUUGCCCUUAUUGCUUUCGGUUCACCAUCUCAUCGCAUUGAACCGCAAUUAGCUUCCACUGCGGCACUGUUCGAACUACCAGCACAAUUCGUGCAUACUCCUAACUGUGUUCAAAUUUGCUUCGGCCGCCCAGAGGCGCAUGCAAGUGAGACACUGCUAGUGAAGGCCAAUUCUUCACUUGAUCUUGGGCGUAUACAUGAUACCCACGGAGUUUAUCGCGCGGUCGUGCGUGAUGAAAUCAGUGCGACAGAAGGCAGGAAACGUCUGGAAGACAUUAUUCGGCGACCACCUACUUAUUCACAAAAGCUGCAGUGCCUCUUCGCGUUUGUACAGGGAGUUGUUCUUUGUGGGAGCUCGUUUGGUGGAAGUCUCAAUGAUAUGUGGGUGGCAGGCAUCCUGAGCUUGCUUGCAACGAUUGUGCAGAAUCAUAUUGCGGACAGUCAGCAUAGCUCAAGUGGAUCAGACGUGUUUAUGGCUGCCAUCGUCUCGCUAGUCGCUCGCGCCUUGUCAUCGCGAGUGCCAGGCCAGAUCUUUUGCUAUCAAUCCAUAUCGUCGACCGGUGUAGCAGGACUCCUUCCUGGAUCUAUCAUGCUCUCUGGAGUUCUAGAUAUUGCAAGCAAAAAUAUCUUGCUUGGCUCGCCGAAGCUCGUCUCAGGCAUCAUGACGUCUCUUUACCUUGGCUUCGGUCUUACUAUUGGCUCGGAUAUCUGGCUGACUUUAGAUAAGAAAAGUCGAGAUUAUAUGGCUUCGAUGGCGGACAGGUUUGAAAGCUUCUACGGCACAUUCUACUCGACGAACGACACGACACCCGAUUGGCUAGCUGCUUCGAACCUCACAGGUACUUGGGCGUUUCAGGAGACUUCUUCGGCAGCACUACGCGACGUUAUUAACGGGUGUUAUCGCGAUCCUUCGUGGAGCUGGUACCUCCGCCCGCUCCCUUGGUAUUCGCUUGUCGUCCUACUACCUGUUCUGAACCUCGUUCUUAGCAUGAGACGUGGACAACCAUUGCUAACCAAACAGAUGCCUGUAAUGGUCAUUAUUAGUUGUAUUAGUACUGCGGCGACGCAGGUGGCGAACCGAAAUAUGGGGUUGGCAGGACAUCCAGAUUACGCGGCGCUAUUGGGUAGCUUUGUUGUCAGUUUGCUUGGAAAUCUUUACUCGAGGAAGAUGGGAGGCACUGCAUAUACGAUUAUGCUUACAGGAAUCUGGCUGCUUAUUCCUACUGGAUUAGCAGAGGCGGGCGGGCUGUCGAGCUCUUAUAUCGAGCCUGGUCAGGAUGAAUAUACCGAAUCGCUGGAUUUGGCGCGAAAGAUGAUAAGUGUCAUUAUUGGCGUCAUGUCUGGUGUUUACCUAAGUGCACGUUUGAUAUAUGCAUUUGGAAAGAAGAAGAAUAGUGCUUUUGUGACGUUUUGA